UGAUGUUAAGAGUUAUUGAAUCCAUACGACAAGCCAGGAAUUGUGGUAUUUUGGAGUUAAUGGAGUCAGAAGGACCCGCAGAGUCAGAGAGUUCAGAAAAAUCAAUAUUUUUCUCACAGCAAGAAGAAGAGGAAGAAGAUGAUAAUGAAGAAGAAGAAGAAUCCAAAGAAGCAGAGGAAACUGCCACCAUUAAUCCCCUCUUACCCCCUGCUCUCACAGGGGAUGUAGAAGGUUUGCAGAAGAUUUUUGAGGAUCCUGAGAACCCUCACCAUGAACAGGCCAUGCAGUUACUCUUGGAAGAAGACAUUGUUGGGAGAAAUUUGUUGUAUGCAGCUUGCAUGGCUGGGCAAAGUGAUGUGAUUAGAGCUUUAGCCAAAUAUGGUGUGAAUCUGAAUGAAAAAACCACCAGAGGUUACACACUCCUACACUGUGCUGCAGCCUGGGGUCGUUUGGAAACUUUGAAAGCACUGGUGGAAUUGGAUGUUGAUAUAGAAUCUCUGAACUUCCAGGAAGAGCGAGCUCGAGAUGUUGCUGCUCGGUAUUCCCAGACUGAGUGUGUUGAGUUCCUGGACCGGGCAGAUGCAAGGCUGGUGCUAAAAAAAUAUAUCGCAAACGUCUCUGCAAUUGUUACAGAUACAGCAAAGGGACCAGGGAAGCUUUUUAAGGAAGACAAGAAUACCAUCCUCAAUGCAUGCCGUAUAAAAAAUGAAUGGCUGGAAACCCAUUUAGAAGCUUCCAUUAAUGAGCUUUUUGAGCAAAAACAGCAAUUGGAAGAUAUUGUGACUCCUAUCUUCACAAAAAUGGCUACACCACGUUCAUCAAUUGGGACUGAAAAAGCAAUGGCAAAAGCAAACGUGUCCUUCUGGGUGCAAAAAGAAGGUAACCAGACUGAUUUACUCUGUGGACGGUCAGCUGACUACAUGCCAACAAAGGAGCAUUUCCCAAUUCUUGUAUGUUCCACUGUUGUUUUGGGAGGACUUCUGAGGGCAUUUUUAAAGAAUUCUGAAGUCAUUGUCUUGACGAUUCUUUCUCUUGUUGGAUUUUUGAUAGGACAGCUGGCCUACAAUUUUGUUGAGAUGCAUCAAGUCGUCUACCCUCUUCUAAGAACACCAAGUUUUUCAAUUUAUUGUUAUUUUUCACCUUUAAUUAUAUUUAUGGCUGCUUUGAAUGUGGACUUCUAUAUACUCAAGAAUGUGUUUUGGCAGGUUAUGUUAACCGGAUUAAUUAGCUUCUCUACGGCAUUCAUCGUAAUUGGAUAUGUGGUUCUGAAAUUCAAUAAAGAUUCAUGGGAUUUGCAAUCUUGCCUCCUCUUUAGCAUGACCCUUGGCAUGACAGAUCCUGUUCACUCUGUGAAUUCACUGAAAACUAUUGGCAUUUCUAAAAUGUAUACUGAUAUCAUUAGAGGAGAAUCAAUGAUUAUCUGUGGCUUCACAUCCAUUGUUUUUGGAGUUUUUCGGAGCAGCAUACUUAGCAUUUCCAAUUAUAGGGAGUUAUAUAUAAUCAUGGGCCUCAGCUUGGACAUUUUGGGAAGCAUAAUAUGUGGAUAUUGGUGUGCAAGGAUCAUUCAGUUUAUAUUGACUGACCUGUUUAGCAAUACACUGACCAAUAUCGUGCUUUGCAUCUCAAUGGUGUACUUGACUUUCUACAUUGGGGAAUUUUUGGGAAUGUCAGGUAUGGUUGCUUUAGUCGCUGUAGGACUAAAUUUAGAUUCCUUAAGCUUUAAACCGAGGAUCGAGUUAAUAAUUACUAAGUUUCUAAUGAUGUUUUCAUCUGUAUACCAACAUUUAAUAUACACUUUCUUUGGCAUUGUCAUUGGAUGUGGAGAAAUCAAGUAUUUACAGUUUCACACUUUAGUUUUCAUGCUCAUCUUAUUUGCAACAGUGAAUUUUGUAAGGUUACUUACUGUUGUAUUAGUGAGCCCUAUUCUGAGGCAUUCGAAUUAUGAGUAUAACUGGAGAUGGGGCAUUGUUAUAGCAUGGUCUGGAAUUAAAGGAGUUUUUAGCUUACUCUUGGCUCCAGAUGUUCAUAAUCUGGCUGAACAAAAAGUAGAGUCACCACAGCUGUUUAUACUGUAUAUACAAGUAAUAUCAUUAAUGACUAUGGGAAUAAAUUCAUACAUGAUGACUUAUUCAGCCAGGACAUUAGGUUUGUGUGCCAUCUCCCUUCCAAGACAAAUGGCCAUGCAAAAUGCCAUUAAGCACAUCCAGAAGAUAAUACAGAACAGAAUAACUUUAUUUAAAACAGAAAAAAUUUUGACAAAUGUUAACUGGACCUUAGUAGAAGAAAAAACAAAGAUUGAAUACAUCAUUCCUUCUGAUACUGUUCAGUUUCCUCAUGUUUCAUGUGAUAAAAAAGUGAAGGAGGAGUCCCCAACAGAUGAAGUUUUAAUAGAAGAGGCCAGAUUGCAUGUAGCUAUAAUACAAAUGAGUAGCUUUGAAAAACAGUGUAAUGACGGAGUCCUCAGUGUAGAGGCAGCCCGGACAUUAAUUGGUGCAACCAAAAGCUAUUGCCACAUCCAAGGAAAAUUCAUGAGUAUUUAUGAUGUUUCAACUUAUGUAAGAGCUAGAAGUUGGCUUAUGAAGUUUAAAAACAUAUUAACUUUCUUGGAAUAUCAUGAAGAUAAGACACCUCUUUCUCUAUAUGGGAAUAAUAAAUUUCUGAUUUUUAUAUAUCACAUUGUAUUUUCAGAAGAAUUUGAAUAUGCAGGACAUAUUAUACGGAUAAUGUACAUUUAUCCUAUGAUAAUGCAUCUAUGGCCAAUGGCAAGAGAAUUAAAUGUGUCAGCACUGAUAUUAGUAAACUACUAUUUUGUAUUUUUAUAUCUGUUAGAAUCAGCAUUGAAGAUAACAAUUUUGAAAAGCAGAUAUUUUCAUCAACAUUGGAACACUUUGGAAUUUUGUAUCGUGCUUAUUGGAAUCGUUGAUAUAUUUUGUAUAUACUUUGUCAGAUUGAGACCAGACCACUUGGUUCUUAUUCAGUUUACAGUAAUAAUAGGUUAUUUCAGAAUAAUUAGAUUUAUUCCUCUUAUCAAGGUACUAAUACCACUGCUGAUGAAUAUUGUAGAUGUGCAGAUCAAAAAGCGCCUCAGCUUGAUGUAUAGUAUUACAAAAGGCUAUGUCAAAAGUCAAGAGGAUACCAAGUUUUUAAUAAAACAAAUUUCUAGCCGAAAAUCCAUAAAUCAGAAAUUAUAUGAAAUUUUGGAAACCAACAAACGAGAUGCUGUCAAAGAACUAGGACUCAUAGAGCAUGAGGGUCGUGAUGUUGUCAUUGCUUUGAAGACUAAGCAGGCAAUCCGGAACGUGAUUGCUAAAGCUCUGAAAAGCCUCACCUUCCUUUGGUCAAGAGGCAUUAUUGAUAAACAUGAGGGCAUUGAGAUGAAUAAGGUGCUUCUUUCAAAAAUAAAAUCACUGAAUAACUUUCCAAUGGCAAUUCCUCCCCCUACUCCUGACAAAUAUCUUCAUAAUAUCAUCUGGCUAGAAAAUAAAGAUGUUCUCAUUGAGUUCUUCAAGGAAAGAGCCAAACUUGCCUGUUUUGACUAUGGAGAUGUCAUUUGUAAAGAAGGUGAAAUGCCACAAGGAAUCUACUUAAUUAUUUCAGGAAUGGCGAUCCUGCAGAGUUCACCUCCUACCUUUGGAAUAGACAGGAGCCUAAGGGCUGAUAGAGAGUCCGCGACCAGGUUUACAGAGUACUGUACUAGUGGAGACAUAAUUGGAGAGUUGAGCUGUCUGCUUAAGUGUGAAAUUGAAUAUACUGCCAUCUGUGAAACUAUUUUACAGGCUUGCUUUAUCUCCCUGGAGGAUUUAUAUGAAGGCUUUGAUGUCUUCUGGCCAUCCCUGGAAUAUAAAAUAUGGCUGAAGCUUGCUCUCAGUAUUGCCUAUCAGUAUUUUGAAUCAAGUCUCAUUGAUGAGGACUUAAAGUUUCAGAAGUGCGUGGCCCUCAAUCAUGCAUAUGUGGAGACUUUAUCAAGCUAUAACGAAAUGACUAUUGAUAAUGUGAACAUGAAAUUCGUUAUUCUUGUAUACGGCAGUGUUAUUGAUACUAAGACAGAGGUACCAUAUCUUGCACCUUGCAUUUUACCUAAAACCUGUGAACAGGUGGAGGGAACUUCAAAUUUAAGCAAGCUGCUGGUUAUCCAAGCACCUGCGCCUGCCGAAAAUAAUAAUAAUGCCAAGGUCAUGGUCAACACCGGUCUUGGAAUGACCAAGAGAGACUAUCACUGGAAGAGAAAAAAUGAGUUGGAAACUGGAUACCAUUUUAGAAAAGGACGUUAAUGGCACUUAUGUGAUACCUGGAGUCAGGUUAAAGACCGAGCUAAUAUCCUGACUCAAGUGCUGAAAGAUUGUCUGGCAAGGAGUUUACUUAGAAGUUGCUAAAACAAUUUACUGCUGCAUUUAUUUUACAAGCAAUUGAUGGACUGCUGCAAAAGCUCUAAUUCUAAGUAGUUGCAUUAUAUUUAAGAUGUUCACAAUUCCUCAGGAUAAUAUAAGAUAUCCUAAAGCUUAUGGCCUAGCAAAUGAAAUCCUGCAUCCAGCCGAGAGCAAGUUAUAAUAGAGCAGGAGUUAUCAAAAGCACUGUACAAUUAACAUACUACUAUCUAAAGCAUAGGACCUAUAAUUUUGAUUUGUGAUAUUGCUACAAUUAGUGCCUCCCUAAUGUUUUUCAGAGUAAAAUUAUUUCCCCCGUCCCCAAUUUAGUAAAUAUUGAAAAACGGAAUAGGUUCCAUAACUUUAGUUAUUGAAAGCACAGUUUAGGAGAAGUUAACAAUAUUACAUUGCAUAGUACUGUUUGAUAUCACUUUUCAUUUUAUUUUAAAAAGUCAAAUAAAAUAGAAUUUUAUGAUCUGA